AUGCAUUGUUCCACUCGAUGCUGUGUCCUGAUCCUUCCUGCCUCCAUUCUCCUGGGGUUCCUCCUCAGCCUGGGAGCUACCACAAAAAUUGAUGAAGAUCAGGUCCCGGAGGAAAAGAAGAUCUUGGCUUGGAUGAUUGCCCAGGAGCAGAUCACCUCUAUGAGCAAAAGUCACUUGAGGAACUUCAAAGAAAUCCAGAACCCCUCAGAGCUUAGGAAUGCCUCCUAUCAACAGCUGGCUGGAACCCUGCCCAUAAAGAAAAAGCUGAUGACUGUAGGUCUGUCCUCUAUGCAGCAUCCCCAGGGCAACUACCUCAUGAGUACCUUAAAAUCACUGUUCCUUGCUUCCUCUAAGGAUGAGCUGAAGGAUAUCCUAGUGCUAGUCUACUUGACUGUUCUUGAUCCUACUUGGUUCAAUGAGACCAUCACUGACAUUGUCAAGACCUUCAGUACACAAACACUGGAAGGGCAGUUGCUGGUGAUCCGUUCCUUAUCUACUCCCUAUCCUCCCAUGAGGGCACUGAAAACUAACCUCAGUGAGGCCUACUCCAGUAUGGUCCAAUUUAAUCAGAAUGUGGCCCAUGCCUUACUCAUGAACUUUGCUGCCAACCUCUCUAACUAUUUCCUGAUGCUUGAAGAUAACGUCCACUGUUUGCCCAACUUUAUCACCUGCAUGUGGAGAGAGAUGGUGACCUGGGAGACGGAUGACUGGGUGCUAAUGGAAUUCUCAACAUGGGGCUUUGUUGGCAAACUCUUGCAUUCCAGUGACCUCCCCCGGCUGGCUCAAUUCUUCUUCCUCUACAGGGAGAUACCCCCUGAAAUUCUUCUCUACCAUUUCCGAAAGCUGCUCGAUCAGGACCAUCCCAUCCAAUUCAGCCCCUCCCUCUUCCAUCAGGUGGGCUUCACCUUCAAUAAGAGCAGCUCCAACAAGCCAGAAUACAGGGAGGUCAGGAAUAUGGACACAGAGGAAGAACCCAACAACCCACCUGCAACUGUCUACAGUAAUUUGCAGAUUGUAAAUCAUGUUUCUCCCCAAAAGGCCUACAUCCUAGGUGAGGAAGGGUUCUUCUGGGCACUGGAGCCUAAGGUUGGCAACCAUUUAACUGUGAUUUUGGCCAAGGCAGCCAUGGUAAGUCGGGUGCAGGUCUUGACAGGUAGAGACCAAGAAAACAAUGAGAAGCUGAAGGAUGGAAGAGUAGAAUUAGGCUAUGGUUCCAAGGGAGAAGGAAAAGCCUGUACCCACUACAUUCUGCUGGGGUCACUGGUAAAUGGGAAGCUGGACUAUAAGAUGCUGAAUAAAAAGACAGGGAAGAAUGUGAGAUGCCUAAAGCUAAUAGUGAGUACCUCUCAGCAUGGCAAAGUAAUGAUCAAGCACAUUAACAUUUGGAGUAAGCCUGCACAAUAG